AUGUCGACUCAAACUGCCCUUCGUCUUACUGGUCGCAACUCAUGGGAACAACUGGCCGCAUUCCAAGAGCCCCGUCCCACAGCCGGCAAGCAUGAGGUCCUCAUUAAAAUGCGAAGUGCCGCAUUGAACUUCCGCGACAUUGCUAUCUCUACUAGCAAAUAUCCAUUCAAGGUCAAGGACCAAGUUGUCCCUGGCUCUGAUGCAGCGGGUGACAUCGUGUCCGUUGGUGAAGGAGUCACUGGCUUCAGUGCAGGUGACAAGGUCGUUGUCUCUUUUGACCAAGUUACACAAUAUGGUCCGAUCAAGAACUGGGAGAAUGGGCUUGGUGGGCCAGUCGACGGCGUCCUGAGAGAGUAUAUUUCUGUCCCUGCGCAGACUGUCGUCAAGAUCCCGAGCCAUUCCACUCUGAGCUACGCCCAAUGGGCUAGCGUGGUCUGCACCGGUGUUACAGCAUGGAACUCUCUGUAUGGGGUUUCUGCAAUUAAGCCUGGCCAGACUGUUCUCUUCCAAGGCACUGGUGGUGUCUCUAUCACUGGCCUCAUUCUGGCUAAGGCCGCUGGCGCUAAGACGAUUAUCACAUCUUCAUCCGACGAGAAGCUGCGACAUGUGAAGGAAAAGUAUGGUGUUGACUUCACCAUAAAUUACAAAACAACACCGGACUGGGCCGCUGAAGCCCAGAAGAUCACCAAUGGCCAAGGCGUGGACUAUAUUUUGGAAAAUGGUGGGUCUGGAACCAUUAAGCAAUCCCUUGACGCUAUUGCUUUUGGUGGAGUCAUCUCUGUCAUUGGUUUCCUGGCGCAGGCUUCACAGGAUGAAAUGCCCGAUGUUUCGACUCUUGCUUUGAGUAAGGCUGCAAUUGUGCGUGGUAUCAUCAUUGGCUCGAAGCAGCAGUUAGAAGAGGCUGUGCGUUUCAUCGGCGAAAAGAACCUCGAAUUGCCGGUUGAGAAGACUUUCAAGUUCACUCGCGAUCAGGUUGUUGAGGCCUACGCUUAUCUCACGAGUGGCCAACAUGUUGGAAAGGUUUGCAUUGACUUCUGA